UCCUAUCCACUGAGCCUCCAAACAGGCCGACCAUAGACACAAGUCCAGCCAUCAAGGGCCUCUGGCUCAAACUGAGGACCCUCUUUGGUGGAAGAUGGAUGAAUUCUUUGGAGAUGCCAGUCCGCUAGGAGCCUCCAGAGCAACCAGGCAGGACAAGUGGAGCUGCGAGAGACGGACACAUGAAGCAUGAGAGGGUGGAGCUGAGGCUCAGCUGACCCUUCCCCUUCCUUCUCCUCCUUUCCCCCGUCCUUCAUUUGAUUGGCACCUUCCCCCUCUCUUCCCCUCCUUUUCCCCUUCCUGUCUCCCUCGCCCUGUUGGAUCUCACCCAUCUUGCCUCCCCUCCUCCUCCAAACCUCAAUCAGCCGUGCCCAAUGUACUCCCCGGAGCAGGAAAACAUCUCCACCACCUCCUCCACCAAAGUGCCAGUGAAGUAUGGAGAGCUCAUUGUGCUGGGGUACAAUGGCUCUCUGCCCAACGGAGACCGAGGCCGACGUAAGAGCCGCUUUGCACUUUGUAAGAGACCGAAGGCAAACGGGGUGAAACCCAGCACAGUUCACGUCGCCUGCUCUCCACAGGCAGCCAAGGCCAUAAGCAACAAAGACCAGCACAGCAUCUCUUACACUCUGUCUCGAGCCCAGACGGUGGUGGUGGAGUACACCCAUGACAGCAAUACAGACAUGUUCCAGAUCGGUCGAUCGACAGAGAGUCCCAUAGACUUUGUAGUGACGGACACGGUGGCGGGCAGCCAGAGUAAUGCAGACACCCAGUCGGUCCAGAGCACCAUCUCCCGCUUUGCCUGCCGCAUCAAGUGCCAGCGCACGCCUCCUUACACCGCACGCAUCUAUGCCGCAGGCUUUGACUCCUCCAAGAACAUCUUCCUCGGGGAGAAGGCUGCUAAGUGGAAGACGUCUGAUGGUCAAAUGGAUGGGCUGACCACCAACGGCGUCCUUGUGAUGCACCCUCGAAAUGGCUUCACCCAGGACUCCAAACCAGGCGUCUGGAGGGAGAUUUCAGUCUGCGGCAACGUCUUCACCCUGCGGGAAACUCGCUCAGCACAGCAGCGAGGAAAGAUGGUGGAAACUGAGAGUCAGGAGCUGGUCGACGGCUCUCUCAUUGACCUUUGCGGUGCGACCUUGCUGUGGCGCACUGCUGAAGGCCUGGCGCGUACUCCCACCCUCAAACACCUGGAGGCGCUGCGUCAGGAGAUCAACGCAGCCCGCCCGCAGUGUCCCGUGGGCUUCAACACGCUGGCCUUCCCCUCCAUGCGUCGCAAGGACACGCCGGACGAGAAGCAGCCCUGGGCCUACCUGCGCUGCGGCCACGUGCACGGCUACCACAACUGGGGCAACCACCGCGAGGAGAGGGAGGGCCGGGAGGGCCGUCAAAGGGAGUGUCCCAUGUGCCGAGCUAAAGGGCCAUACGUGCCGCUGUGGUUGGGCUGCGAGGCGGGCUUUUACGUAGACGCCGCCCCGCCGACUCACGCCUUUAAUCCCUGCGGCCACGUUUGUUCAGAGAAGACGGCGGCCUUCUGGAGUCAGAUCCCUCUGCCACACGGCACACACACCUUCCACGCCGCCUGCCCCUUCUGUGCGCAACAGCUGACUGGUGAGCAGGGCUACGUCAGACUCAUCUUCCAGGGACCCCUUGACUAGCAGGGGCAACUUCCCAGCAUCCUUUGGGUGAGGCAGAACGGGGAAUUUUUUGUUUGGACACUGACCCUGCAUUGAAAACGGGGAACAACCCAGAUUUGUUUUCUUUCCUCUGAGGUUAAGAUAUAAACUUUUUUCUGGACUUUUUGUCUCUUUCUCAUAUUUAAGUGACCUUUGUAUUGCUUUUUCAUGAAUGACAACAAAGAUUUCUAUAUUUUCAUGUGAAACCAGAGACACAAAAACCAAACAAAGAACACUGCUGGGUAAACGUUUUGUUUGUUUCUCGGAAAGAACUUUCAACAACAGUAUUUUUCAAAAUUACUAACAUACCGUGGCGCAAACAUACGGUUUUUAUUCAUGUUUAUUGUUGCAAUAUACAUCUGUGUACAUCUCUUAGAGCUUAUUUAAACUAAGAUGUUUAUUUAUGGCCCAGGAACCUUCGCUUCAUCCUUUAUCUGUCAGAUAUGUCUUCAAUACUAUUUAGCAUUUUAAUUUGAAAAUACAGUAUAUUGUUAAUCAGAUAUAAAGUUCUAGGUGUGUUCUGAGGGUUACGUUCUGUGUCUUUCCCCCAUGUUUACCUCUCAGAUCUGUUUGUCGUAUUUAUACACCCCGUCCUCUGGCGUGCUCUCACUUUGCGUGUUAACCCUUCAGUUAUACUCUCAUUAGGCAUCACCAUGGCCUUUUCACAUUCAAAGCAAUAGAUUUGGAACAGAAACCUCCUAAAGCAUUAUGGGAAACUGAGUCUUCUUGGUAUCUGCGUAACGCUCAGACAGCCCGAGUGACUGCUCGCUCCCUUUAAAGUCCGAGUGAAACGUUUCUGGUGGUGAGUGAAUCUUUUCUGAUCACAGGUUAGCCAUGACACUGUAGCUAUGUAGCUAAUGUCACACAUCAUGCAGACACACACACACACACACACACACACACAGACACACUCUAACUAGACCUGGUCAAAUACUUUUUAUUAUAUAUGAGUGGAGCACACUGAAACUCAUGGUACAAAAAUAAGAAUACAGAUGUUAUUGAAAUGACAGAAAGUGCUGUUUGGGGCUGACCUGCACAGCUACAGCAUAAUCAAUAAUCAUUAUUUUGCCACAUACAGUAUUGUGAUCAGUAUUAAUCUCAACAUUGAGCUGAGAAAUAAAUAAUAGUUUUAAUAAAAAUGCUGACAACAGACAUUUAAAUGAAUUGAGAACCUUAACCCCAGCUGUCACCCAUGAGUAAAGGUGCGUCCUGUUAGAGACCCAUAAAUAAAAUGAUGUGUUUUAUUUUGAAAAAUGCAGAUUUACUCCCAAAACUUCAGGAAGGACUUUAACUACUAGUUGUGAUUUGUUUGAGCCAUAACGAGUCGGAGGGGGGGGGGUCAUUUUUAUCCUCUUUCUCUCACCUGAAUUUUAACAGUGCAGGAAGUCACAUCCAUCUGAUGCAUGAAGCAAGCAACAAAACACGUUUAAGAAAAAGACAACUGUAGCUGUUUGACUCAGGUUUGAUGCACACCAACACAUACAUGGCUUCAAGUUACACACUUAUUUAUUUAUGGAUAUGUGUGUGUGUGUGUGUGUGUGUACUCACCAGGGCUUGAUAUUAAUUUGUGCUUUCCAAACAGUGUACUGAAGCAGUCCCCAUGGAGCAUUUUAGGGGUGAUGAGCUCUACAGUGUGAGUACUAAAUAUCAGGGCUGCUUGUUCUUUAUUUUGUUUGUUGUAGACUAGGGCUUCAUGAUUGCUUUUAUAUCAAAGUCACAACUUUAAACAGUGUAAUUAGAGUUGUGUUUUAAAACUAUACAGACCACAAAUAAAGGUCUACAGUGGAAUUAAACAUUAAUUCUGUCAGGUGGCCAAAAAAAGAAACUCUUAGCUGUCUUCUGGUUAAUAUGGUAUCUGCAUGUUGUUUGUUAUUUAGGCCCCAAAAAAGGCAGUGAGAGAAAAGGCAACUUCUACUCAAACUUAAACUUUAGUUUAGCCCAAUUAUACCUAAAUGAUCAUUUUACAUAAACAAGAGAGCAGUAUUUUAAUCCCAGUACCUAUGAUAUUAUUUGAUUCUUUUUUAAUAUAUAUUUAAUAUAUUUUUUUAUAAUUUAUUUAUGCUUUAUUAGAUAAUCAUGGGAAAGGUGACAAGAAAUGAGGGGCGAGUGAGAUGGGGAACGACAUACAACAAAGGUUGGAUGCAAACCAGAGACAUUCAUGUUCGGUGCCUCAACCCACCAUGACUCUUAGGACAUCUUAAAUACACAAAAAAUAUUAGACAUGUUAAACGUAAUCUAAACUAAGACAGACACAAAAAUAUCAGUAAAUAACAGUUAUGUUUUUGAAAAAUGAACCAGAAAUCCCCCAAGUAUCCAAGCAAUUACAGCCCAUGACCAACUGGGCAACGUUUGCUGAGGAAGAUCAUGGGAUAAGAUCGAAAGCUACAGAGUACAGCUGCUAAAUGGACCUUGUGGUUAGAUUGUUAUGUCAGUUAGUUUUUAAGAUCAGUGACUGCAGGUAGCAUUUAAAAUGCAACCAAAACUGUAAAGUAGCCCCCUCGCACUCCCUCUGCAGUAACACACAGCCUGAGAACGAGAACGAGUCCUGAUAUUUUGUACGUUACAUGAAAGCACAAAUUCUCCCAGACUCCUGCUGCGUACUCACAACACACCCUGCGGCGUCACCGUGGCUCGUCCACUUUACUCGUGCAGCCACAGACGGCGCAAGAACGAGACACACGAACUGUAGAAACUUCACAGCAGUGAAGCAGCUUUACUAAUCAGUCACUUCCAAACUUCAGUAAACACAAGAGCCUCUGCAGCUAUCAGUAGUGUGUGUGUGUGUGUGUGUCUGUGUGAGAGAGAGAGAAGAGAGAGAGAGAGAGAGAGAGAGAAGAGAGAGAGGAGGAGAGAGAGAGAGAGAGAGAUUGUAAUUUAUGUGUUCAUGAUGAUUGUAUGUGUGCCGUGUUCAGUGUGUGUGCUCAUCUGUCCACACAGUAUUUCUCCAUACGCAGAUCAUUUUCAUCAUCCCAGCGCUCGGACUGCAACACACUGACUCACCUCAGGGAGAAAAAAAA